UUGUAUUGUAUCGCAAAGUACGCGAAUUCCUUUGUAAAAUUUGAAUAAAUGAUAGAAUAACUAGAUCAACAAUGGAAUCUGCGCAGGCAGAGCAGCCGGCUGAGGUUGAGAGCCCGGUGAAAAUGGAAAAUGGGGAUACAGGCCGGGGUUUAAAAAAUUCCGAAGAGAAAACAAGUGGAGACGUGGAACCGAAAGCGGAUUUUAUUAAACAGCAGAUGGAAGAAAGCGAUGGGAAAUGUGAGCAUCCGGAAGACCAACUAGCAGACCAGGAUGUGCCCAAAAUGGAGCAGGAUCUUAAGGCAGCCGUCUUAGAGCAAGUGCCAAUAGAAGGGGAUGGAAGUAGCAUGCGUUUCCAGGACUUGAAAGAAAAGGAGGAGGAUGUGCAACAAAAUACAUCAAAGCCCCUGCAGAACGACAUUCUAUCCCAUGUUCACUGUUUGGCCCAAAUAGAGGAACAGCGGCGUAACUAUGAACAGCAGUUAGAACAACUACGCACCUCUAACAUCCAGAAGGAUAACAUGAUCACCCUUAUUCAGCGGGAGAACGCUAUACUGGGUAAAGAGAAACAGGCCUGUCGAAAGGAAAUGGACACGGCCAACAAGGAGAAAGAAGCCACAGUCAUCAAGUUUGCUAUGAAAGAGAAGCUACUCAUCGAUGCCAAGAAGGAAAAGGAGGUGGUGGAGAAGCAACUAGCUGAAGCCAAAAAAGAAGUCAAGAGUGUGUUUAGUAAAUUCCAGUGUUUAAAUGAGGAGAAGUCCCGCAUGUCGUACGUUAUCGAAGAGAAGUGUAACGAAGUCAGGAAGUAUCAGCGCGAGUGCGAAAAGUACAAAACAGAAUUGGGUCAUCUGGAGUCCAAGCUAAAGUAUCACAUAAACAAACUCAACAUCGAAACGGAAGCUAAGGCGGUUGUAGAACGUAAACUGGAAGAGGAAAAGAAUGCGCCCAACAAGCUGGAGGAAAAGGCCAAUGAAAAACUUAAAAUGGAAUUCGAAGCCAACACAAUACUCUUGAAACAUGAGAUUACCAGCAAGACUGAGGCUCUGGAUAAAGUCACCAAAGAGCAGCUAAGGCUUACCGAAGCUAACAAAGAACUGCAGCAUCAGCUUCAGGAGAUUACCUCAGAGCAUACUCAGCUUUCAGAGGAGUUUAACCGGUUAAGAGAGCUGCACAAUUCGGUCGAAGCUUCCUACAGCGAUGAGCUGCUCAACUCUGCAAAACUCAGAGGGCAACUAGAAGAGCUCCAGCUUUUACGUACUCAACAUACCAUCAAUGAGGAAAAGUUGGCGGAGGAGCAAAAACGAAGCAAACAUCUGGAGGCAUUGGCCCAAGACAACGAAUCAGACCUGGAGCAACUGAAAGUAAAAAAACAGGAGUUACUUACUAUUAACAAGGAGAUGAGUGAACUGAUUGUUCGGCUCCAGAAUGAUAUUUGUUUGGCCGAGGCCAAGGCUCAAGGUCUCGAUGCUGAAAACAACUUACUCAAGCAAGAGAAGCUCACGUACGACACUAGGUACAAUCAACUAGAGCAGCAGCUUAAUACGGAGGCAUCAGAAAAGAACGAGGAGCGACUGCUGUUAGCCAAGCAUUUAUCUGAGAAGACCAAGCUGUACGAGCUGACCAAGCAGAAGCUGGAAAAUGUUCAGGGGGAUUUUGAGGCCACACAGCAUAAACAUGCCACCGUGCUGAAAGAGCUGCACCGAGAAUUAAACAAGUACAAACGAGGGAUUACAGAACCCAAAACUCCAAUCAGCUACUGCAGCAAUUGCCAGCAGGCAAUCAAUGGUUACCCAACGGAAAAUCCUCAACAACGCAGUCAUAGCCGUUCCAGUAGCCACGGAAGCCUGCAUAGCGGCAGUCGGCGGGCUAGCGAGUCUUCCGAAUCGGAAACAGUGGCAAGUAGUGCGACCACUGUGCAACAACCACCACAGCAGCAAGACCUUCAAGCAGUACCGUCCAAAAAAGUACUUGUUGAGCGUAUACUCCGACUGCAGCAGGCUACUGCUCGGCAAACGGAACGCAUCGAGUUUCUGGAGAACCACACGGCUGCUCUGGUAGCCGAGGUGCAAAAGAAAUCUAAGGUGGUGCAGCACUAUAUGCUCAGAGAUCAAACCGCCGGCGCGUUAACUACCUCUCGAAGCGAUCAGAACAAGAGCGAGUUGGUUAAGUACGGAAAUGGAAUCAUGGCGGCCAUUUAUGGAGGAUCCUCAAAGGCGGCAGGGGAGAAUAAAGCCAUGUCUCUGGAACUCUCCUUAGAGAUUAACAAGAAGCUGCAAACAGUGCUGGAGGACACGCUGCUGAAAAAUAUCACGCUGAAAGAAAACCUCGAUGUGUUAGGGCUCGAAGUAGAUAACCUCACAAGGAAGUUGCGCUCACUGGAGGUCAACAGCAAGUAAAUGCCAGUCUUCUUGAACAAUGUAUUCCAUUCCAGAGUCUAUCCCGUGUAUAGUUAUUGUACAAAUCGUAUGCUUUUAUGUUUAAGUGUAUAAUAGAUGUAUUUAAUAUUUUAACAAA